UGGUCCGCUCCUCUGAGUUAUUGCGCUGUUGUUGAUUGUGUACGACGCUGUGGGAGUUUCCAGAUCACCUAACGCAAAUAACUAGGAGGAGAAACGUGACUGAUUACGUAACGUGUCAAGGGGGUAAUUUGCUCAACCGGUUGCUCCUGGGCGUUUGAAGAACAACCAACAGUCUCUUAGGCUUCCAGCUGCCUUAGCAGAUAUUCUUUGAAAACGACGACAACAGAGCACAUUCUCAGCUGACACUUUGAAUUACAUGUUUCAAGACAGCGACGAGCUGACGGCGACAAUAGCCCUGACACAGGUGGGAAGGUGGAAAGAGGCCUUAGGCAGACUCUGAUCAUGGCAGAAGUCCAUCACCAAGGGUACCCUCUCAGGGACUCACUUUACUGGGAUGAAACAGAGUGUCUAAACUACUAUGGGAUGCUGUCUCUCCAUGAGGUCUUUGAAAUUGUUGGUUCUCAGCUGACAGAGACUGACAUGGAAGUGCUGUCAUUCCUUCUGAAUGAAACCUGUUCUGCACCACACCCUCUUGAUCCAGCAGGCUGGACAGUUGAGCCACAUGAGGGUGAACCAGAUGACUCGGGAGUGUCCCCGAGUCCUAAACUGCUAAAGGCCUGGAGGCAUUUAAAGCCUCAGGCCUCCCAGCAUCCCUUAGUACCCUCAUAUAAGCCCAAGAGUGGCCUUGAGCUGUUGCUAGAGCUAGAAAGGCAAGGAUACCUCAGUGAUGGCAACCUGGAGCCACUACUGCAACUACUAAGAGUCCUCACCCGUCAUGAUCUGCUGCCUUUAGUGUCCCACAAGAAAAGGAGGACAGUAUCUCCAGAGAGAACUGGGUGGAGAUAUGGAAACGAGAACAGAGAUUUGGUUUGUGACUCUGGAAUGGGAACCACCUGUAGACAGACAGAAAUACCUCUUCCAUCUUUCACACAACAAUUGAGAACCGGUAUUUACCCUCCUAUGCCUGGGCCAUCCGCUAGGAGGAGGAGGAGGAGGAAGAGGGGAAAUGGCUGGAGCCGUAGGCCCAAGAAAACAAGCAGACAGGGCCAGCCAGUGGCUCCACCACCACCGCCGCCCCAUAAAGUUUCCUGUGAUAUCCGACUCCGUGUGCGGGCUGAAUACCUGGAGCAUGAGACGGCACUCCGCGACGGUGUCUCCUCGGACAAGCGGCAGCCGCUGGAGCGGCAGUUUGAGUUGUUUAGCCAAGCCAGCUCGCUGCUACGUUCCAGAGAUCUGGGUUCCAUCGUCUGCGACAUCAAGUUCACAGAACUGGACAACCUUGAGGCCUUCUGGGGUGACUACCUAAGUGGAGCUCUGCUUGAGGCCCUAAAGGGAGUCUUCAUCACGGACUCCCUGAGGAUGGCAGCAGGCACAGAGGGUGUCCGCCUGCUGAUCAGUGUGGACCAGGAUGACUACGAGGAGGGCCGAAGGCUGCUCAGAGCCCGGAGAGUACUGUCAUCCAGUAAUGGUGGGCACACAGAGACUCACUGGGCUGUGUAGGCUCAAAAGACUCUUUUGGGUGUUUUAUAUGGACUUUAAAGAAUGGAUUUGUAAGAGAGGCUGUUGAUAGUUACAGUUGCAGGCAAAUUUGGAAGCAUUUAAGGCCCCCUUUUGUAGUUGCAAUCCAUGUAAUUACCACUAGAUGUCAGCACUUACCAUUGGUUGUAUGUGUUUAUAACAAACCCUAUAUUUUCAGAAAAACUGGUCAGUUUUUUUGUUAAACAUUACCGGUUAUUUGCGAAAAGAAUAAUGAAUAAUAAUGGAUCAAUGUGCUUUUCCUUUGGAUUCAUGCACAGGUGCUACUUUGUAGGACACCAUCAUGAAACAGGAUAUCGGAGUUGUCUUUAUAGUCUGUGAGAACAAGAGCAAGCAAACCUGUGCCACAAGAUCAAGUGGUAAGCCCCCCCAAACAUAAUAAAUAUCAAAUAUAUAAGGUUGAGUUACCUGGGCUGCCAUAAAUGAUACAAAGUACCUGAUACUGUUGACACAUUCACUUGCGCAUGGGCAAGGUUGAGAAUACACACACAAAGCAAAAACACAGACUAAAUGGGCCACAAUCAUACCAAAUUCUUGAGUAUUUAUUGCGCAUUUUGUCAGUAUAUAUGCUUAGAAAGUGGGCAUCCAAAUUCCAACAUAACUCUUGAAAUUUACAAUAAUUCAAUAUAAACUGACCAUUAUAGCCUACAAAUCAUCCUUAAAUAACAUUUUGGACUUGAAUAAUAAUAAUAAUUUCAACUGGCAAUGACACCUCCCUAAUUAAAACUAAUUUAAAGAAAAAAGUACCUGCCAAGAAAAGUUUCUGAUUUUUGAAAAACGUGUGAGAGAAUUGAGCACAAAUGGAAAAGUGAGCUGCUCUCAGAACAAACUGACCUAUGGUCUAACUUUGGAGAGCCUAGUCCACAGAUGUACACCUAGAUAACAAACACUAGGAUUCUUAGCCCUGUCUACCACGAUAACCAGACUUGUGAUUGCUGUGGUCAGUGGAUACGGCAGUUGCCAGUAGAUGACAGCAGUGAUUAGGGCUAGGCCUCAGCAGACCAUGGAGGAUUCAUCAUCUCAAGCUUGUCAACAGCAACUCAGAUAAUGCAAUGGUGGCUUGUGUCCGGGCUUCCAGCAAGGCCUCAGCAAGUAGUUCUCUCAGCAAGCAAAGCACAGGACAGUGCAUCGGUCAAUAGAAGUGAUGUUGGGGAGAUCAAAAUCAAAAGUGCACAUCCCAGCUCCACUCAGCCCUGCUAUGUAGGCCCAGUAGAGUGGCUCACGGACAGCAGUCUACUCACCCUGCUGGAACUAAUGCCUGGACUUCACUCAUAGAAGACGAUCAAUAAGGCCCCUCACUCUAAGUCCCUUCAUACAGGCACGACUAAAGCACACAGAUUUGCUACUGUCUGAAGUGCAGGGUCAUGCUGGGCCGGGCAGAGAGAAUGACAAUGGACAUAUUUCCAUGUUAAGUUUUGGGUUUUUGGUAAAUCAAUUUAUUAAUGUAUGUUUGAAUUGUUCAUAGGAGGAAAAAAAAACAUAAUUCAGGAGAAUAUUUAGGAAAAGUUGCUUUUGGUAUAGCAAUUUUUUGUGGAAAUCUUUGUAUAUUAGAAAUGAUCUCUGCUGAAUAAUAAAGGUUUGAUGUCCUAAAGCUGUAUGUGCACAUUGUUAUUGACUGCAAACUUUAUUGUAUCAAUAACCAAAAUUUCCACAAUGUAAAUCUUUGCUGCCAAUGUUAUGCAAGAAGAAGAACAUUCUAGAAACACACAGGUGUU